UUCCUCUUUCCCCCCGAUCCUCUGCACCCGACGAGCCCCGUUACCGCCCCCCUUUUUCCGGCCGGAAAUCCGGCAAAGCUUGGGGAUUUCUCCCUAUUUUCUUGUUUUAAAACACCUGUUGAACCCAGAAAUCUCCCUCCCCUGCUGGAAAAUCCGGAUCUGCCCUGCUUUGCUCUGUCCUUCCGCCGGCUGCUCCUACCUUGUGGGGGUGAUUUGCUCCGAUUUUGGGUAAGAAAUAGCCAUGAAUCUCCCUUCUCUAGCUUUGAUUGCCUUGGGUUUAUGUUAAUUGCUCUUAUUUCCUUGAAUUUUGGGUUAAAGCCGUGAGCUUUCUUCUUCCAUGCCGCCGGCAACUUCCCCAACCUGCAGUCCGGUUUCUUUGCUUGCAAAUUCUGGUUCUUGAUCGUUCUAUCAGUUAGCAUUGAGAUUGAGUGCUCGGUUUUAUGCGAGUGAGGAAACGAAAUUAAGGACGGGGAAACCGAGGGGAGUGACGAGUUAGAAGGCUAGCCAUUUCGGGAUUGAUAUAGAUUUAGAAAUAAAUCAUGAUCUUGUAUUUGGAGAUUUUAAUUAGAGAUUUAUGAUAUUAGAGAAAAUUAUGAAAUUUGAUCUUGAGAUUUUGAUGGUAUCAGAUGUGAAUUGGAUAAGUUCCGAGCCUUGUGCAUUCGUGGGACCCGUUCACGAGUGCACGGUGUUUGUCAUGCCUCGAAUUCGAGUUUUGGGGCGUGACACAGUUUGAUGCAGAUUGUGAAAAGAGCUUUUUGGCUCUAAAAGCACAAACUGCACCAAACAGGGUAACUUCUCAAACGUGCUGCAGCUUCCCAUAAGCACAUCUUCCCCCCGUUCCUUUGCAAAUCCUGAAAGCACCAAUUUCGUCUUCCGCAAGAGCUUCUGGCUUCAUGUUUAAUGAAAUUGACGUAGUCUU